AUGUCAGGCUUCUCGGUUACCGUGAAAGCGGUCCGUGACCGGAAGCUGAUCAGCCCGACGUUCCAAGUCGCCGCGACCGAUUCGCAGCCUUCCAUCUAUUUGGAAGUCGAAGAGGCGGAACUGCAAACCGAUCCAAAGUCAGGCAUCUUGCAGCUGAUUUGCCGCGACGGAACGGUCGAGUUUGGAGAUGAAGGAAAGUUCGAGUUUCCGGACGAACGUGUGAUUUACCUCGACCAUCUGAACUCGGUCGAAAUUAACGAGGACAGUGCUUCCCCCGCCAACUUGACGCUCAGGGCGAUACCUCUGCAGAUCGAUCGCGAGAAGAAGAUUAUCGAUGAAGCGAAAGCGAGCAUCGAAAGCCUCGGCGAGAAUCCUGACCCGGAACAACUCAAAAACGCCGAAUACCAUCACAACGAACAUCAGAAGCGACUUUACCGCCUGCAAGCGGAACGGCAACGCCGUCUGGCAAAUGGGUUUGGUGUGUUCUGCUUUGUGUGUAUGGGAAUCCCUGUCGCCGUUUGGCGUAAGUCAUCCGACAACGUCUCGACCUUCUUUACCUGCUUUCUUCCGAUCUUGCUGCUGUAUUAUCCGCUGCUGGUGAUUGGCGAACAAACGGCUCGUGACGGAACGUUUGGUGCCGUACCGGUUUGGAUUGCGAACGUGGUGCUUUUCGCCAUCGGUGCCCUGUCGGCCGAUCCGAUUGAUGCUUCCCUGUGGACGCGUCGCACUAUGUGGCUUGUACUGGGGCUGGGGCUGUUCCGGUUGGUCUAUCUUGCGUUUGAUCCUUUCGAUCUUGUGCAUGACGAAGCCUACUAUUGGGAUUGGUCGCGGCAGCUCGAUUACGGCUACUUCAGCAAGCCGCCGAUGAUUGCCUGGUUGAUUGGCCUUUCGACGCGUCUGCUGGGCGAUCACGAAUUCGCGGUUCGAUUGCCGGCCGUGCUGCUGGGCACCGGUAGUCUGGCGUUUGUAUUUAUGCUCGCUCGUCGGAUGUACGAUGCCAAAGUCGGCUUCUGGGCAACGAUGCUGGUGGCGAUGACCCCAGGCAACGUGGCGAUGAGCUUGUUGAUGACAAUCGACGCUCCGUUCCUCUUCUUUUGGAGCGCCGCAAUGUAUUGCUUCUGGCGUCUGCUCGAAAAAGGGGAGGAUCGCUGGAAGUGGCUUGUCGCAACGACCGUCGUCAUUGGGCUGGGUCUGCUGACGAAACAAACGAUGGCUGGCAUGCUGGUCUUCGGUGGGCUGUUC